CGAAGAGGGGGGAUAAAUUGGGAGUCAGCCUUUUCUGAGGGAGAAGAUGAGGCAUCCAUGAAAGCCCAAGUUGUGUCCAUGAAGAGCGAGUCCCGCAAGAGGAAUCCUGAUGCAGGAAAAAUCCAAUCAAGAAUGGCCAUCACCUUUCCCUACUGGAGGAGAUUUAUAAAUGAAAAAACCCUUUAGCUGAGAUUAAGCAGGAAUAUCCAGCACUUUUCUCAAACAAAGAGAUUGUUGCAAAAUUUGAGAGGAUUUUGGCUGUUACAUCAAGCAUAAAAGAUACCUUCAAAACCAACUUUCUCCAAAUGAGCAACAAGAUCAUAAUGCUUGCCAAAAUGUCAAAGAAAGUAAAGUGCUAUGAACAGAUAGGGCAGUAUCUGAAGUUGCUAGAAACUGACCCUAAUUGUCAACAGGAUGUUGAAAAUUCAGAUGAUGAAAUAUCAGAUGUUGCCCUGGUAGUAGCUGCCCUGCUGUUGCAGAAGUCUGGUAAAAACGACCUAAGCAGCAUCAUCCAGUUCAUCCCAGAAGGUUCGAAUUUUGAAAAGGCUGCCAGUGAAACGCAAGAGAGGCAUCCAAAGAUAUUGGUCAAGAAGAGCAUUGAGGACAUUGGGAAAAAGGCUGUCGUAGCGGAGAAGAUAGCGGUAUGCCUUUGCAAGGGAUGUUGCUCGACGCAAUUGUUGCGUAUAUGGCCGUGAUGUAUGCUUUCUUGUUCGAGUAUCUAGUAGUAGGAUUAAGUCACUUUUGUUUAUUUUUACAAAAAUUUGUUCUGCACAUCCAUGAUGGGAAAAAACUGCCUAGUUCAGUUUUAGACUUUAUUAAAAAAUUGAACACUUUAGCUUUAUAGUCUG